ACAAUCCUUAGCUCUUUCCGUCUUCUUUCGGCUUCCGUCCAUCCUUCCGGUGGAUAUGGCUGCGGCUGUGGCGGGGAUGCUGCGAGGGGGUCUCCUGCCCCAGGCGGGUCAGCUGCCUACCCUCCAGACCGUCCGCUAUGGCUCCAAGGCUGUUACCCGCCACCGUCGUGUGAUGCACUUUCAGCGACAGAAGCUGAUGGCUGUGACUGAAUAUAUCCCCCCGAAACCAGCUGUCAACCCAACAUGCCUGCCAUCUCCUCCCAGCCCCCCACAGGAAGAGACAGGCCUCAUCAGGCUUCUCCGCCGGGAGAUAGCAGCGGUUUUCCAGGACAACCGAAUGAUAGCUGUCUGCCAGAAUGUGGCUCUGAGCGCAGAGGACAAGCUUCUUAUGCGACACCGGCUGCGGAAACACAAGAUCCUAGUGAAGGUCUACCCCAACCAGGUCCUGAGGCCUUUCCUGGAGGAUUCCAAGUACCAAAAUCUGCUGCCCCUUUUUGUGGGGCACAACAUGCUGCUGGUCAGUGAAGAGCCCAAGGUCAAGGAGAUGGUACGGAUCUUAAGGACUGUGCCAUUCCUGCCGCUGCUAGGUGGCUGCAUCGAUGACACCAUCCUCAGCAGGGAGGGCUUUAUCAACUACUCCAAGCUCCCCAGCUUGCCCCUGGUGCAGGGGGAGCUUGUAGGAGGCCUCACCUGCAUCACGGCCCAGACCCACUCCCUGCUCCAGCACCAGCCCCUCCAGCUGACCACCCUGUUGGACCAGUACAUCAGACAGCAACGCGAGGAUUCUGUUGUGUCAGCCAAUGGGAAGCCAGAUCCUCCUGACCAUGUUCCAGACUCGUAGCCAGCCUGUUUAGUCAGCCCUGCCUAUAAAUACACUCUGCCCUAUUGGCUGUGCUGUCCUCCAUGGGAGAUGUGGAAGAACCUGGGGUGAGGGAGUGCAUUUGUCAUUUGGGUUUCACUAACAAUGAUAUUGUCAAGUAUAGGCCACUCUGAGAUGUGGAGGAUUCCAUUUCAAAUGGAGGCUGUCAGUCACUGGCUUUGUCCUUAGUUUUCCCAACUUGGGACCUGAUAGGAGCAAAGUCUCUCUCCAUUCUCCAGGUCCAAGGCAGAGAUGCUGAAAAGAGAAGGCUAUUACCCCUUGCCUCCUUGGUCACUGCCCCUUGCUGCAUGGGCUCCUGAGCCUACCCUCUUGAAUCACAACCUGCCACUGCCAUAGUAGCUCAACCAAGCAGCCGUGCUGAGGAUGGCACCUGGUGAGAGCCUGCUGUGUGCCAGGCUCCAUGCUGAACACUGUACAUGUAUUAGUUCCUGAACUCCUGACCACAUGGUACCCAUUUCACAGAGAAGGAACAGAGAAAUUAAGUAGCUUGCACAAGGUCAUGCAUUUAGUAAGUGGUAGAACAGGAACUUGAACCAGGCCCUCUCUGCUCUGAAGACUGCAUCCUGAAUUUCUACACUGGAGCUUCCUCAUCAGGCUACCCAGAAGUGGGUCCCAUCUUCCAUCCUGGUGUGCUUGGAUGUUAGUUCUCCACCCUUGGGGUGUGCCAUGCUGUGGAAAGAUUGGGAGCACUGCUUUAUGCUCAAAUGAAAUGCAUUCUACUUCCUCUGUU